AAAAUGAAAGAACAGAAGCCCUCCACUGAACGAACAUGCCAUGUCCCGUUGUAACGUUUAUUUAUAUAUACACGUGCUUUUCUUCCUCUCUCUCGCUCUACAGACACAGACUCUCAUCCCCGAAGAAGAUCUAUUUCGCUUGAUCAACGGCGGGCUUGUUCGAAGCAUAAUCAAUGCCUUCACAGAAGCGUAAUUCGUCUUCUGAUAAUAAUCUUCUACACCACGACGACUCUCAGCAACAGCAUUCCCGCCGCAAGCAAUCGCGACGCCAACGAGGAGGAGCUGAAGAUGAUGAUGAAGAUGAGCGAGACUACGAACAAGAUGAAGAAGAAGAAGAACAAGUGAAAGAAGAGGACGAAGACUCUGAAGAUGAGGAUUCUGAUGGAAGUCGUUCAUCUGACGACCCUGCAAACCAAUCCGAAUGGGUUCUUGUGAAACUGCCAGCGCUUCGUACGUACGUACAAUGUCCAAUAUGUCUAGGGAUCAUUAAGAAAACAAGAACUGUGAUGGAAUGUUUGCACCGCUUUUGCAGGGAGUGCAUCGACAAGUCGAUGCGUAUGGGGAACAAUGAGUGUCCUGCUUGCCGCACACAUUGCGCCAGUCGACGUUCUUUGAGAGAUGAUCCUCGAUUUGAUGCCCUGAUUGAAAUUUUAUAUGAUGAUAUUGAGAAAUAUGAAGAGGAGGAACUGGCUUUUCAUGAAGAGGAAAAGACUCGCAAUAAGCAGAUUCAGGCAUCAAUUGCCCAGAUUUUUCGUCGACAAUCUGAAGCACUGGUCACUAGACGCAAAUUGGGUAAAGAUACAGAUUCUGCAUCAGGUUCAAGAUUACCGCGCAAAUAUUCUAGAAGAAGAAGAAACACCAGGGAAACUGAGCAUGAAGGAUCUGAUGACGAGGAUGAAAAUAAUCAUGAUGCGAACAAAGAUUCAUCUUCGAAUGAUGAGCGGACAACAGAAAUUAAGCAGAGGAGGUACAAGAGAAAAGCAGGGGCACAGUCCUCCCAGCCUUCUCCAUCAGCUGCAAAUUCAGAUGGUGGAGGCAAUGAAAAUGACUUAGAAGCAAGCAGAGAAAGCAAAGGUACUUCUUCUGGGCCUGUGCGGAAUACAGAAAUGCUUGCUUGGGGUGGAGGUGGUGCUCGGAGCAAGAGUGUCCGGAACACCCGCAUAAUGAAACUGGCUAAAUAUCUCGAAAACGCAAAGGACAAUGAUGAGUUAGAUGUUCAUCUCACCCUUAUUUCUUUGGACAAACAAAGAACGGCAAGUUCAAAGGAGCUGUACCUCUGUUGCCCGCCAUGCUUUUCUGUCAAAAGCCUCAAAGAAUAUGUUUCUCGCGAGACACAAUUACAGGCUGAAGAUAUUGAAAUACUACUAGGGAAGAAGCACCUGCAUACCAAUGGUCUGCAGUCCACCCGCAACGCUUCAACCUUAACGGAAAAUGAAGCUGUACUACAAAAUUUGAAAGACCAAGAAACUUUGGCGGGGCUCGGAGCCAAAUGCGAUCAAGAUAAUAACCAUUUGGUUCUGGCUUAUAGGGUGAAGAAGAGAGAUUAGGAAGUUCAUCAUCAUAAGCCGAGGAAUGGGCCAUAUCACUCUAUUUGGGAAAGAAGGUUGAAUCAGGUAAAUGCUGCUGUUGUAGGGAUGCCUGAGGUUGCUUUCUGAUCCUCUGAUGAAGUAUAUGUUUCCUAUGUUUUAAAUUAUAUGCUGGGUAGCAGUACAUUACCGAGGGGAUAGACCCCAAAAAAAUAGAUUUUUAUGCUUGUGAUUGGAAUUGUAGGAUACAUCUAAAAACAAAAAACAAAAAAACCCUUGGCUGUUAUGUUUGUAAUUGGACUUUUAGGAUAGAUCUUUUUAGUUUCUCUGAAAAAUAGGUGAUGCUUAUUUUUUAACUAAAAAUGCUUGCAGAUGGUUGAAAUGUAUAGUCGUUUUUAGUA